AUGCGGGGCCGCCCCGCGGCGCGCGCUUCUCCACACGGCGGGGGCCCGGGGGAAAGCGCCCUGAGUGCGCGUUGUGUAGCAGAUUCUGAGGUCUUGGACUCUUCUUUGUCCUUGCAGGAGGAUGCUCGUGACUUGGAUGCCUAUACACUGGCUAAAUCUUACUUCGAUCUGAAGGAAUAUGACAGGGCUGCGUAUUUUCUGCGGGGCUGCAAGAGCCAGAAGGCUUACUUCUUGUAUAUGUACUCUAGGUACCUGUCGGGAGAAAAGAAGAAAGAUGAUGAAACAGUGGAUAGUUUGGGACCUCUGGAAAAAGGGCAGGUGAAAAACGAAGCUCUACGAGAAUUAAGAGUAGAGCUUAGUAAGAAACACAAAGCACGAGAACUGGACGGAUUUGGCCUUUAUUUGUAUGGUGUUGUGCUGCGGAAGCUGGAUCUGGUGAAAGAAGCCAUAGAUGUAUUUGUGGAAGCUGCUCACGUCUUACCUUUGCACUGGGGAGCCUGGCUCGAGCUUUGCAACUUGAUCACAGAUAAAGAGAUGUUGAAGUUCCUGUCCUUACCAGAUACAUGGAUGAAAGAGUUCUUUCUUGCGCACAUUUAUACAGAGCUGCAGCUGAUAGAGGAGGCUUUGCAGAAGUAUCAGAGUCUCAUUGAUGCAGGAUUUUCUAAAAGCACUUACAUCAUCUCUCAGAUUGCAGUUGCCUACCACAACAUCCGAGAUAUUGACAAAGCUUUAUCCAUCUUUAAUGAGCUAAGAAAACAAGACCCUUACAGAAUAGAAAACAUGGACACUUUCUCCAACUUGCUGUAUGUUAGGAGCAUGAAGCCUGAAUUAAGCUACCUCGCUCACAAUCUCUGUGAGAUAGACAAGUAUCGUGUUGAGACCUGCUGUGUAAUUGGAAAUUAUUAUAGCUUACGCUCUCAGCAUGAAAAAGCAGCACUUUAUUUCCAGAGAGCCUUGAAACUAAAUCCUCGAUAUCUGGGAGCCUGGACACUUAUGGGACAUGAGUAUAUGGAAAUGAAGAACACAUCUGCAGCUAUUCAAGCUUAUAGACAUGCAAUAGAGGUGAACAAAAGGGACUACAGAGCAUGGUAUGGCUUGGGGCAAACCUAUGAAAUCCUCAAAAUGCCGUUUUACUGUCUCUAUUACUACCGACGGGCCCACCAGCUCAGACCCAAUGAUUCCCGUAUGCUAGUUGCUCUAGGAGAAUGCUAUGAGAAACUCAACCAGUUGGUGGAAGCCAAAAAGUGCUAUUGGAGAGCCUAUGCUGUUGGUGAUGUGGAGAAAAUGGCAUUGGUGAAACUGGCAAAGCUGCAUGAACAGCUGAAUGAAUCUGAACAGGCUGCUCAGUGCUAUAUCAAAUACAUCCAGGAUAUCUAUUCCUGUGGGGAGAUAGUAGAGCACCUGGAGGUCAGUACUGCGUUCCGUUACCUGGCCCAGUACUACUUCAAGUGUAAACUCUGGGAUGAAGCCUCAGCCUGUGCUCAGAAAUGCUGUGCAUUCAAUGAUACUAGAGAAGAAGGGAAGGCUCUGCUGCGGCAGAUUUUACAACUUCGCAACCAAGGAGAAACUUCGUCCACGGAAAUCGCUACUCCCUUUUUCCUUCCUGCUUCACUGUCAGCCAACAACACUCCCACACGUCGUGUGUCUCCACUCAAUCUGUCUUCUGUUACACCAUGAACAAUGCUGAUACCUCUAACCAAUCUAUGCACUGAAUAUGGCAUUGUAGAUGGGACUUGUUCCUGUUACUGCAACUAUUUUUUUUUCCAGUGAAGUCUUUUCAUUCAGUGCUGCCUUGACUUGGAGAGUAUGGAUUAU